AUGCCUCUCGACACAUCAACAUACUCGCUCGCGCUGCUGCGCAUCGACGGCCGCCGCUGGAACGACCUCCGUCGCCUGCACGCCCAGAUUCACACCCAGGACGCCGCCGAUGGAUCGUCAUAUCUCGAAAUGGGCCAUACAAAGGUCAUGUGCGUGGUGACUGGCCCGGCAGAGCCGCAGGCGGGACAGAAGAAGGGCACUGUGGGCAGCGCGCAGGCGACGGGGCAGAAAGAGGGAGCGAGCAUUGUGGUGAAUGUGGUGGUGGCUGGCUUUUCGAGCGUGGAUCGCAAGAGGAGGGGGAGAAACGAUAGGCGCAUCCAGGAGAUGGAGAUUACGAUUCAGAAAGCGCUGGCUGCCAACUUGCAUACUCACCUUUUCCCACACUCGACGAUUACAGUAUCCCUGCACGUCUUGUCCCAGGACGGCUCGCUUCUUGCUGCGCUGAUAAAUGCGACUACUCUUGCGGUCAUCGACGCCGGUAUCCCCAUGACAGACUACAUCACAGCUUGUACUGCGGGUUCAACAUCCUCCUACGCUGCGGGCGAUGAUGCAGCCGAUCCUCUGCUCGACUUGAAUACCCAGGAGGAGCAGGAACUGCCGUUUCUAACGGUUGGAACACUGGGAGACAGCGACAAGGUUGCGGUAUUAGUGUGUGAGAGCCGUGUUCAAGUGAGCCGACUGGAGGGUAUGUUGGUAGUGGGAGUGGAUGGGUGUAAGCAAGUGAGGAGAUUGCUGGAUGGCAUUGUGAAGCAGAAGGGAAGGAAGAUGAUCAAAGAGGGAGCCGUACGGAAGAGUGAUAUGAUGGCUGUGAGCUUGGAUGAGUAA